AUGGCGCUCGUCUCCAUCAUCAACGUGGAACUGAAGAACGCGAACCCGGCGCCGCUGGACACGCCGUUCGUGUUCGAGGUCACCUUCCGCGCGCACGAGGACGUGCCCGCGCCGCUGCAGUGGCAGCUGCUGUACGUGGGCUCGCCGGACAGCAAAGAGUUUGACGUGUCGCUGGAGAGUUUCGAACUGGGCCCGCUGCAGCGCGGCACGAUGAAGUUCACGUUCGAGGCCGCGGCGCCGGACUUCGCGCGCGUGGAUCGCGAGUACGUGCACGGCUGUACGGUGGUGCUGCUCGAAGUGAGUUACCGCGGGCAAGAGUUCACGCGCGUGGGCUGGUUCGUGCACAACUCGUACUUGGACGCGGCGCUGGAGAACGACCCGCCAGAUGAACCGCAGCUCGACGCAAUGCAGCGCUUCGUGGUCGUCGACCAGCCGCGCGUGACCAAGUUCCAAAUCGACUGGGAGGCGGAGUGCGACGCCGCGCGCGCGAAGUUCUUCAUCACGUUCCCCUACCCCUACAUGAACGGCCGGCUGCACCUCGGCCACGCCUUCAGCCUCUCGAAGUGCGAGUUCGCCACGCGCUUCCACCGGCUGCUCGGCGAGAACGUGCUGUUCCCCUUCGCGUUCCACUGCACCGGCAUGCCGAUCGCCGCGAGCGCAGACAAGAUCCGCAAUGAGCUUGCGGACGGCGUGCUGCGCGUCGAGGACGGCGCGGUCCAGCUCUGCGCUGCGCCGGCUGCGGCGCCGCGCGAAGGCAAGGCCGCGAAGAGCAAGGUCGCCGCGAAAACCGGCGCCGCGCGACACCAGAGCGAGAUUCUGCUGCAACUCGGCGUGCCGCUCGACGAGGUCCCGCGCUUCGCAGACCCGCUGCACUGGCUGCGCUACUUCCCGCCCUUCGGCCGGCAAGAUUUGCAGCUGCUCGGGCUCGCGGUCGACUGGCGCCGCUCGUUCAUCACCACCGAGUACAACCCGUACUACGACCGCUUCGUCAAGUGGCAGUUCUACGUGCUGCGCAAGCGCAACCGUAUCAAGUUUGGCCAGCGGCCCGCGGUCUUCUCGCGCGUCGAGCACCAGCCCUGCGCGGACCACGACCGAGCCGCCGGCGAGGGCGUCACGCCGCAGCUCAGCGAGCGCUACGACAGCUUCGCGUUCUACGACACGCCGAAGCCCGUGCUCAGCCGCUCCGGCGACUUUUGCGUGGUCGCCAGCUGCAACCAAUGGUACAUCGACUACGGCGCGCCCGACUGGAAGGCCGCCGUGCUCGCGCACGUGCUCGACCCGCAGCGUUUCGACGCGCACGGGCAGCGCGCGGGCUAUGCGCGCGUCGUCAACUGGCUCGGCGGCUGGGCCUGCAGCCGCACCUACGGGCUGGGCACCGUGCUGCCGUGGGAGGAGGCGGCGGGCCGCAAGAUUUACAUCGAAUCGCUCAGCGACUCCACGAUCUACUACGCGUUCUACACCGUCGCGCACCUGCUGCAGGGCGACAUGUUCGGCCAGCAGCCCGGCGCGCUCGGCCUCGCGCCGGAGGCGUUUGACAACGCCGUGUUCGACUACGUGUUCCUGCAGACGGACGAGCUGCCGCGCGCGCGCGUCGCCCCCGAGCAGCUGCGCGAGCUGCGCCGCACCUUCGAGUACUGGUACCCGAUGAACCUGCGCUGCUCCGGCAAAGACUUGAUGAACAACCACCUCGUGAUGUCCUUGUACAACCACGCCGCCGUCUGGCCGGAGCGGCCCGACCUGUGGCCGAGCUCGUUCUUCGUGAACGGGCACGUCAUGCUGGACUCUGCGAAAAUGUCCAAGCAGACCGGCAACUUCUUGAGCCUCGAGGCCUCCGUCUGCGAGUUCGGCGCGGACGCGACGCGUGUCGCGCUCGCGGACGCGGGCGACUCCUGCGAGGACGCGAACUUCGAGCGGCAAACCGCCGUAAGCGCGAUCAUGAAACUCUACAACCUAUUGCUCGCGGCGCAAGAGCUGCAGCAUGCGCCGCACACGCCGGCUGCGGAGCUGUCCACCUUCGACAAAAUCUUUGUCGCGCAGGUCGACUACCUCGCCGAGCGCGCGCGCUGCGCGUACGCCGCGCUCGCAUACCGCGACGCGCUGAAGAACGCUUUCUACGCCAUGCUGAACCUGCGCGACCGCUUCAAUAAACGCGCACCUAAAUAG